AUGGCGAACCAAAUCCAUAGGUGGAAUGUAGUCCACAAGUUGGAGAAGCGGAAACUGCUGGUCGCCAUCAACUGCGUGGCUGCCUUGGCUAUAUUCUUCUUUGGCUAUGACCAAGGGAUGAUGGGGGGAGUGAACAACUCCAGCAAUUAUCUCGAACUCAUGGGAAUAGGCUAUGGAGCCAAUAUAAACGGUGACGCGAAUGUCCCCGUCGUCACCGACAGUCUGCUCCAAGGUGGCAUUGUCUCCGUCUACUACUUAGGUACCCUGGUCGGUGCUCUUUUCGGGGGCUGGAUUGGCGAAAGAAUAGGACGGUUGAAGAGUAUUGCAGUUGGGUCGGUAUGGGCCAUUGUUGGUGCUGCACUACAGUGCUCGGCCAUGAAUCAUCAGUGGAUCAUCUGCGCUCGGUUGAUCAAUGGCAUUGGCACUGGCGUUUUGAACGCAAUUGUUCCUGUGUGGGCAACAGAGACGGCCGAGCACACAUCUCGGGGUCAAUUCAUCGCAAUCGAAUUCACAUUGAACAUCUUCGGUGUCGUGGUUGCGUAUUGGUUAGAAUUUGGCCUUUCCUUCAUCGAUGAAGGACGUUCAGCCAUACGUUGGCGGUUUCCCAUUGCAUUCCAAAUCAUUCUCUUAUUCUUAUUGCUAGGCCUCGUCUGGUUCUUCCCCGAGUCUCCGAGAUGGCUAGUCAAGGUCGGUCGCGAGGAGGAAGCACGCUACAUUCUCGGUCGAUUGCGUGGAACAGGCCCUGAGGAUGGGGACAAGGCGGAGGCUGAAUUCCGGGAUAUCUGCAACGUGGCUGAACUUGAAAAGGCUCAGAAGUACAGCACCUCAUACUUCUCCAUGAUCACUGGGAGGGGUUCGGGCAACCUUCACAUCGGUCGCCGGGUGCAGCUGGUUGUAUGGUUGCAAAUCAUGCAGGAAUGGGUGGGGAUUGCUGGAGUAACAGUUUAUGCCCCUGUCAUCUUCCGAAUGGCUGGCUUUGACACUGAGAAAAGCCAGUGGGUGAGCGGUCUGAACAAUGUCUUCUACAUGUUCUCAACUUUAGUCUGUGUCUUCACCUUGGACCGGAUUGGCCGUCGCUGGACCUUGUACUGGGGCUCCGUCGGACAGGGUAUUGCAAUGUUCCUUGCUGGAGGCUUCUCAUAUCUCUGUAAGCAGGCAAGCGCUGCAGGAGAUACCAGCAAGGCUUCAUCCUAUGGUGCUGCUGCCGCCUCUAUGGUCUUUAUUUUUACUUCUGUAUUCGGAGCGACAUGGCUCACUGUUCCGUGGCUGUAUCCUGCAGAAAUCUUCCCACUCUCGGUUCGUGCCAAAGGAAAUGCAUGGGGUGUAGUGGGAUGGAGUAUUGGAAAUGGCUGGCUGACCCUCCUCUGCCCCAUUAUGUUUGAUUCUAUCGGCGAGAAGACCCUAUAUAUUUUCGGGAUCGCCAAUGUUAUUACGAUCCCGAUGGUGUGGGCUUUAUACCCCGAGUCAAACCAGCGCACGUUGGAACAAAUAGAUCUGCUGUUCGCAGCCGACAGCCUUUGGGUGUGGGAUGCUGAGCGAAACUUCCAGACUCUGGUGGAAAAUAACCCCGAACUGACGCAAGCAACCCGAGCCCGUGGUCUCUCAGACACAGAGAAGGCCAAGGCGAUUGAGGACUAGGAUAAAGCUACAACCGAACAUUUUUCUCUUUGAGAGGCCUGCCGAUAGAACGGAUACUAGCCAUGAUCGGCCAUUGAUGAGCUCAUGCAAAUAAUGUAUAUACUCCAUAUGAUAAGCUCGGAAAUUCCAAAAGUUAUCAGGCAUUCAAAAUAUGCAUGAAGAUAGCGCAAUUGGCUGCACGCUCACCGUGAUGAUGAUUAUCCCAUCUCCGUAAGCAACCCGGCCAAGAUACAGCGAGCCUUCUUGAUAUCUGGAGCCUCA